AAUUUAUUACGCGAAAUUGAAACAAAGCAUUUAUUAUUUAUCAAGCAGAGCAGCGGACAAAUCUUUCAAAAUAUACAAUUAUUAAACGAUUUAGAUUCCUUAUCAAUACUCCAAUGUAAAACAUGUCUAAAGUUGUAAAUGUUUCGGGCAACAAGCCCGGUUCUAUUUAUCGAAUAGCACUCAAAAAUUUUGUGACGUACAAGGAAGUCGAGUUGUAUCCAGGGAGGUCGUUGAACAUGAUAAUUGGGCCCAAUGGGACCGGAAAAUCAACAUUUGUAUGUGCAAUCAUUUUGGGUUUGUGCGGUAAAACCAGUGUUAUUGGAAGAGCUAAAAAGAUAUCAGAAUACGUGCGUAGAGGCUGCCAAGACUCCACCAUAGAGAUUGAGCUGUACCAGCAACCCGGCAAGAGGAAUGUCAUCAUCACAAGGACGUUCAAUCUCAAGGACGCUUCCUCCUGGUCCAUAGACCACAAGUCAGUCAGGGAGAAGCAAGUUCAGGAGUUGAUCGAGUCUUUUAAUAUACAGGUGGACAACCUCUGCCAGCUGUUACCGCAAGACAGAGUCCAGGAUUUCUCCAAAAUGGACGCACAACAGCUACUACGGAGCACCCUGUCCGCAGUGGGAGGCAGUGAGAGCGUAGCGCAGUUGGAUGAGCUGAUAGAGUGCAGGAAUGCGCAGAGAGGACUGUCAACCAAAUUGGUGAACAACGCUCACUUGUUGAAGGAGGAAAUCCGACUUAAUGAGAGAUUAAAAACGGUAAUCGACGCUAUGCAACAGCGCAAAGAAAUAGAGAACCAAAUAAGUAUAUGCGAAAAGAAGAAACUGUGGAUCGAGUACCAGGAGUUGAGAACCAAAUUUGUGGAGUACACGAACGACAAGAAGGAAGCGGAGAAACUGUUGAAGUCCCAUAGGAGUAGGAUGGAGCCGCUUGAGAAGGUUAUAGAGACGGCGAAACGUAAUAUCAGCAAAUUGGAGCAGCAGAAAUUGAAUGCUACCCGAGAAGUACACACCCUCAACGACAAUGUUAAAGAGUUACUGUCAACAAUACGAACACACGAAUACACACUGAAAGACAUAGAUCAGACGUACAAAGAGAAGCUGGAACGGUACAAGAAUAGAGAGAGGGAGUUGGUGGAAGCCAAAGCCAAGUUGGACAAGCUCGCUAUGGACAAGACGAGGCUGGUGGAAAAAGUUGGUGAUGAAACUAAAAUCAAAAUGGACCUAGCCGAGUUACACAAACCGAUAUUGAAAACUAAUGCGGCGUUGGACACGCUCAAGAAACAGAAGUUAGAAAUUCAAUAUGACUUGGAGAAUAAUAUCACGCCUCAGAUGAGACUUUAUCAGAACAAGAUACGAGCGCUUCAAAAUGUAGAUGAGAAACGUUUAGAAGUCCUGCGUAACUAUAGCGAUCACGCUUACCAAGCUGUUAUGUGGUUGAGAGAGAACAAAGAUAGGUUUAACAGCCCCGUACACGAGCCUAUGAUGUUAGAGAUCAACUUCACGGACCCGAAAUACGCUCGUUAUUUAGAAUCAACAGUUUCCGGUAGAGAUCUCGUCGCGUUCACAUUCGAGAGUAGCGAAGACAUGAACAAGUUUCUCAAUAUAGUGAGAUCUGAGAAACGUUGGGACAGAGUUAACGCUGUAUGCAGCAAAGGUGGCAAUGUGAAUGUUAAUAGAGGCGAUAUUGAACAGCUCAGUUACCUCGGCUUCCACACGUAUUUAGUAGACACAAUCACAUGCCCCAAUGCGAUACUCCGAUAUCUGUGCAAUCAGUACUCAAUACAUAGAAUACCUAUUGGAAAUCAGCACACAUACAACAACAGCUCUAAAGUGCCCAACAAUAUUACUCUCUAUUUUACUGAGAACCACCGUUUCUCUGUCCGCGUGUCGGAGUACAGCGGCGUCAAGUCCAGCUCCAUCAUCGAGAUCCGCGCGCCGCGCUUGCUCGCCAACACGCUCGAUCAGGAUCAGCUCAACUCCUGCAGUGUUCAAUUGACAAACUUCGAGAAUAACGUCCAAGCGCACAGGGCUAAAAUUCAAGAUAUAGACAAUAAAUUGGCCACUUUAGAAGGCACUCUUAACGAGUUGAACACGAGAAGGAAGAAGAUUAAUGAGGGAGUGGAGAAGGUGCGAACUAUAGCCAUGCAAAUCAAAUUGCAAACUCGUAAAGUUCAAGACAUAGAGAACGAAGCGACCUUCGACAUUCGGCGGGAGGGGCAGAUGUGUCGCGAGAAACAGAAGCUGUGCGUUUUGAAACAAUGUCGGGCGCAGAGCGAGCUGUGCGCCGCCAUGAGCAGCUUGCAGGACAAACUGUUACAAGGCGACAUGUGGAAAGUGAAAUUACAAUUCAGCCGCGACGCCAUAGUACAACAAGAGUCUGAACUUCGCGACCUUAAGGGCGAACUUCGCACCGUUCAGAACACGCUGGAGAACAUCACAGCUUUACAUACGCGAGCCAAAGCAGCCGCCUCGGAGAAACUGCACGAGGCUAAGAAGAGUUGUAAUGGCAAGUUGCCACACGAAGCUGAUUUCCCGUACAAGGAGGACUUCGAAGUGUUGCCGUCAGAGCUGAAUCGCCUGCAGGAGCAUUGCUAUGAACUGCAGACCAGGGUCGAGUGUAUGGACAGACAGGACGAACAGGUAAUAAAAGAAUAUGAAGAGCGAGAGAAAAAUAUUGCCAGAUUAAAAUUGGAGGUGAACAAUUCAAGCGACAGGAAUAAACAGCUGGAAGACAGAAUGAAACAAAUCAGCACAAAAUGGCUACCGCCAUUAGAGAGUUUGCUACGAGAAAUAGACAAGACGUUUGGCGAAAUGUUUGCCAAACUCGGCUGCGCUGGCGAAGUGAAGUUGGACAAAAGCGGAGGCGAUGAGGAUUUCGACAAGUACGGCGUCGCGAUCCUGGUCAGGUUCCGAGCGGACGAGCGUCUGUCGGCUCUAAGCAGACACGCCCAGUCGGGCGGCGAGCGAGCGCUCAGCACCGCCGCUUAUCUGCUGGCGCUCCAGCGGCGUGCUAAGGUGCCCUUCAGAUGCGUGGACGAGAUCAAUCAAGGAAUGGACCCUAUUAAUGAACGCAAGAUGUUUCAGUUGCUCGUCGAAGUUACUACGGAGUGCGAAAAUGCUCAGUAUUUCCUCCUGACACCGAAGUUGCUCACAAAUUUGGAAUACAACUCCAAAAUAAUGGUGCACACUAUUAUGAACGGAAAAGAGAUUAUGAAUUACAGGAAAUGGAAGUAUCACAACUUUUUGGAGAACGCACGGAACUACCAAAUGUAGUAGUGUGGUCAUUGACUCUAAAUAAUUAUGCUAUAGGUCACUUUAGACAAGAUGGAAAAUGUUAUAGUGGAAUUAUUACAAAUUUUUGUGGAGUGCAGGGAACUAGUGAAUGUAGUUAUUAUGUGAUUGUUUUGUUUUUGGCUGUCAUUAUGAUAUAAGAACUUCACAAUGUAAUUGUUAAUUAUGUAAAUUACUCAAUAAUUAUGUGUAUUUUUUUUAACAAGUGUGUACCUAAAUGGUACUUUUUAUUAUUAUAAUAAUUUUAAUUACGAUUUUUAUCGUUUUAAAUUAUGUUAGGCCCCGUGUUGUUUUGUCGUUGUCUUUGAAUUAAAAUUGUAGCCAUUAACUUAAAUUAUUUACUCAUUAAACACUUUUUUUUGCUACAUGUGAACAGGGCGUGAAAAAAAACUUAUCACAUUAAGUUGAGAAACAAUUUAAUUUGUUUUCGUCCAAAAUUAAAAAAUAAAACAGUGGUUUUUCAGUUGGUUUAAACAAAAACUUGAUUAAAACUGGGGUUACCUCGGAUACAAACUACUGCAUAUAAAGAUCUUUUGUUACUUGGAAGACAUUCACACCAAAUAAGGUACAAAUUAUUAUUGACAUUAGUUUUUAAGCUUCCGUUUUUUUUUUUGUUAUUUUCAAUUCGUUUGUAUGUUGCUUAUGUUGUGAGAUAAAAACAUUUUUUUUUAUAUGUACUUACAAGCAUACCUAAAAGAUUGUCUUAAAUUUAAUGUGGUACCAGAGGGCGGCGCGUCUAUGAAAAAUUCGAUUUAUUCCCAAUUCCCGCGGGAACUUCGGGAAAUCCUCUCUUAGUACUUAACCUACAUGCCAAAUUUCAAGUUUCUAGUUUGAGUAGUCGGUCAGUCAGUCAAUAAUAAUGAGUUUUAUAUAUGUAGUAUAGAUUUGAAAAAUUGCUUACUGGUGCAAUUACUCUUUACAAAGAAAUUGAUAAUAAUCGUGGUAAAAUCUUAUUACCUGAUAGUAACAGCAAUUUGUAAAUGUUUAAAAAUUAAUUGUAAUUAUAACUACACGAGCUUGAAAAGCGGUAUAUUUUUGGAAUCAUUUUCAACUUCAGAAAAUAUUUUGAUUUUAUUCCGAACAGUGUAAAAUAAGCUGUGUAUUAAAAUUGCUGUUUUUUUUUUUAAGUUUGUGAAUAUUCUUAGCUGUUAAUAUUAUCUGCCUCUUGCAUUUUAUAAUGUAACUUUUAAAUUGUGAUGUCAUAUUCAUAUGAUUAAUGUUGAUUCUUUAUAAUAUUUGUAAUUAAUGAAACAAAAUGUGAGAUUUGAAAUAAUUUAUUUCAAUCAAUAAAUAUUUUUAUACAAAAACGUCUUUUAAUAAAGCAUUGCAAAAAUUUUUAAUAUAAAUUAAUGCUACGACCAGUUUGAACUCAUUGAAAUUUGUACCUACUUACAAAAAAAAAACUUUUUGCGCAAAACACAAAAUAAUACACUAAAUUCAACAUCAAAUCUAAAUGUAA